AUGUGCAUGGCUGUUCAUGAAAUCCCUGAGACGGUCGAAAACUUUGCGUUGGAAUCAAGUACGACCCAGUCCAGCACGUAUCCAGGGUCAGGUUCUGAGAGAGCUAACGAUGGUAACAGCGACAGCGACUUCAGGCAUGGUUCAUGCGCGCGCACAUAUAAAUCCAGGGACCCUUGGUGGAGAGUCGAUCUAAAUGAAAGCUACAACGUGUCAGAUGUAAGAAUCACCAACAGAGCAGACUGCUGCUCGGAGCAUCUCGUAGGUGCCGAGAUCCGCAUCGGUGAUUCGCUGGAGAAAGAUGGCAAUUUCAACAGACUUUUGACACGCUUCCUCAUACGCACGAUCGAGACAAUGGAAUCUUACCUUUACAUACUCAUCUUUUUUAGCUGUGGAAUCGUUGAUUCUGUUUCUGUGACGACAUUGACUUUCAAUUGUGGUGGAUAUGUCGGUCGAUAUGUGAACAUCAUCAUCCCAGGCCCGGAUCAAAUCUUAACCCUGUGUGAGGUUGAGAUAUUUGGUGCAAAACUCCCGCACUUCCGUGGAAAAGAAAAUGUGGCUUUCGGAAAACCGUCGACCCAGUCCAGCGCGUAUCGAUGGGCAGGUGCUAGGCGAGCCAAUGACGGUAACAGCGAUACCGAUUUCACGCAUGGUUCAUGCACACGCACCUGGAAAUCCAAGAACCCUUGGUGGAGAGUCGAUCUAUUAGAGAUCUUCAACGUGUCAGAUGUACGAAUCACCAACAGAGCAGACUGCUGCUCGGACCGGCUCCGUGGAGCGGAGAUCCGCAUCGGGAACUCACUGGCGAACGAUGGCAAUUCUAACGGACUCUACCUUUUCAGGACGGAAGCAAAACGUUUGACAUGCUUCCUCGUCGGCAUGACCGAAACAGUGGAGUCUCACUUUUUAAUCCUCAUCUCUUUCAGCUGUGGAAUCGUUGAUUCAGUUUCUGUGACGAAAUUGAUCUUCAAUUGUGGUGGACUUGUCGGUCGAUAUGUGAACAUCAUCAUCCCGGGCCAGAAGAAAAUAUUGCACCUGUGCGAGGUUGAGAUCUUCGGUACGGAACACCCGUCUUUACCUGGAACAGGUACGCUGAACUUCCCGCAGACGCUCUCGCUCUGCACUGCAUCGAACCGUAUUUGGGCAAAGAUGGCGCCUGCCUGCGGCGACUUUUGCAAAGCACAAGAUCAUCAAAGGAUCAACAUCAACUCCCAACAACUCACCCGCAUCAGGGAAACAGCAGAAAUAUGUACCGUUCCGGAUAAGCUGCAUGGGAAACUGAAGGCUCUUGCAGUUUCGCGAUCUCCCGCAGCUGCGGGAGCCCCAGACUUAAAACGUAUCCACGCUCACUUGAAAUCACCCGACCCGACGGAGGAACGCAGGUACUGUACCUGGAAUGUCCGGGAUGACCUCCAGGGCCGACGGGCUGGAUCUUCCAGGAACAGCGUAGCUGGAGUUGCUUCCAGUGUGUCCGGAAACGUGGCCGACGGGCAGGACUUCAGGUCAGAUUGAAGCGCAGAGGACUUCUGCCGCCUCUCCCUACUAUCCUAUUGGCCAACGUAUAGUCCCUUGAAUAUAAAGUGGAGGACUCAAGGGCAAGGCUGCUUUAUCAAAGGGAGCUGAUGGAAUGCUCUUUAUCCUGUUUCACCGAGACAUGGCUCACCCCCAGCUCCCCAGACUCAGCGGUCCUGUCCAGCCGAAAACUUCGACCGAUGCCAGUGUACGGUCCACCGUAUGGUCCGUACACUUGCAUCUGGAAAAGGGAGAGGAUGGGGCGUCUGCCUCGUGGUCAACUCUGUGUGGUGCUCAGACGUGGCGUUCCUGUCCAAAUCCUGCUCUCCACACCUCGAGCAUCUGGCGGUGAAGUGCCGUCCCUUCUACCACCCGAGGGAAUUCACCUCCAUCAUCCUGACCGCGAUCUACAUCCCACCCCAGGCAGACGUCCGUCUGGCACUGGACGAGCUGCACGCCGUGGUCAACAAACACCAGACGUCUAACCGCCGGGGCGUUCACCAUCAUAGCUGUGGACUUCAAUAAAGCAAACCUGAAAAAAUCGCUCCCAAACGUCCAACAACAUGUCUCCUGCUGCACCAGAGGACCAACCACCCUCGAUCACUACUA